ACGACUCUAAAAAGUUUAAAAAAAAAAAAAAGAAGUGUGGAUAAGUUCACUGUUAUAAACGGCAGGCGAUCCUAUAGCCGAAAAAGCGGCAAAAACGCCUCUAUUAUUCUCUCUUUCUUUUUCCUGAGUUGGUAUGAUCAGAGGUUUAACAAACACAAUUAUGGAAAGUCUAACACUAAAGCCCCCAUCUUUUCACCACCAUUUUAACUCUUCUCUUCAAAUGCGUUCUUGUAAAUACUCUUUUUUUGCUCCUUCUCAUUCUUCUUCUUCCUGCUUUUCAACUUCAGCAUCAACUUCUUCAAUUUUAACGGAUAAUGGAUCCGUUUCACUUGGCCACCUCACCCGACCCGAUUUUCCUAUCCUUCAUCAGGAAGUAAAUGGUCAUAAACUUGUCUACUUGGACAAUGGUGCAACUUCUCAGAAGCCGUCUGCUGUAUUGGAAGCUUUGAACAACUAUUAUGAAGCCUACAAUGCGAAUGUGCACAGAGGAAUACACUUUUUAAGUGCCAAAGCAACCGAUGAGUAUGAGUUAGCAAGGAGAAAGAUUGCUACAUUCAUCAAUGCCAAAGAGUCUGGUGAAAUUGUAUUUACAAGGAAUGCUACUGAAGCAAUUAAUUUAGUGGCUAAUUCUUGGGGUCUCACAAAUUUACAAGCUGGAGAUGAGAUCAUCCUCACUGUUGCUGAACACCAUAGUGCUAUUGUUCCUUGGCAAUUGGUGGCUCAGAAAACUGGUGCCCAGUUGAAAUUUGUCAGUUUGACGAAAGAUGAGGUUCCUGAUACGGGAGCAUUGUUGGAUAUGCUGUCAAGAAAGACAAAGAUGGUAGUUGUUCAUCAUGUCUCCAAUGUUCUUGCAUGUACUCUACCAAUUCAUGAUAUUGUACACUCAGCUCACGCUGUCGGCGCAAAAGUGUUGGUUGAUGCUUGUCAGAGUGUCCCACACAUGAUAGUGGAUGUUCAGGGCCUUGGUACUGAUUUUCUUGUUGCUUCUUCACACAAGAUGUGUGGUCCUACAGGAGUAGGAUUCUUAUAUGGCAAAGAGGAAAUUCUGUCUACAAUGCCCCCUUUCUUAGGUGGUGGUGAAAUGAUUUCUGAUGUGUACUUGGAUCACUCCACAUAUGCAAAUCCUCCAUCUAGAUUUGAGGCUGGAACACCAGCCAUUGGUGAAGCCAUUGGAUUAGGAGCAGCUAUAGAUUAUCUAUCUGGAGUUGGCAUGCAAAAGAUCCACGAUUACGAGGCGGAACUAGCUGACUAUUUAUACGAAAGGCUAUCCUCAGUCUCCAAGGUUCGAAUAUAUGGGCCAGUUCCAUCACAAAAUGUUGGUCGAGCUCCUCUUUGUUCGUUCAAUGUAGAAAAUAUUCACCCAACAGAUAUCGCUACAUUUCUUGAUCAACAGCAUGGAGUGGCCAUCAGGUCAGGCCACCAUUGCGCGCAGCCUCUACAUAGACUUUUGGGAAUAAACGCGAGUGCAAGGGCUAGUCUCUACUUUUACAACACCAAAGAGGAUGUUGAUCAUUUCAUUCAGGCGCUUGACGACACGAUCUCUUUCUUUACUUCUUUCAUGUAGAUGUCCAAAACAAGGGCUUUAAGAACCUUAUCUUGAAAUCAACACGAUUAUUUGGUGAAAGAUGAUAGAUGUAUAAAUAAUUGUACUCUUAAAGGUGAAAAUUACAUUGUUUUUCCUCUCUGUGUUUUGUUUAAGAAUGCAAAACGCAGUUUGUAGAAUUUAUUUUGGAUUGAACAAGACAAGGUGGUACUCGGUGAAAUUACAAGUUCGCAAUCUAAACUUUAA